UUGGUAGGACCCGAAUCCCUUGGGACGGCCGGGCUGCCUUCCCGUCUCCGACUGGGAAUAAACACGGCUUUGCGGCAGAGAGGGGCUUUUCCGCUUCCCUGGGGCCGUGGGCUGCCAGGGAGCCCCCGCGCUUAGGAGAAAGCUGAGAUCUGAGGCAGCAGCCUACUCCCCACCCCCAGAGUUCAGGCUCCAGUGUUUCCGGGUGGAGAUGGAGCCUCGGUGGUCCCUCGGCUGGACCCUAGGGGCAAAAGAGGUGGGCUGCGCUCUGGCCCGCAGCGAAACCCCAGUGGACCGGGCAGGAGCGGGUUAAGGUGGCGCUCGCGGCUGCGGCCAGCUGAUGGGUCUAGUCCGCCGGCGCCGAGCCGAGCACGGAGCGCGCCCGCCGGAAUCCCAGCCGGAGCCCGGGAAGAUGGGGAGAGGGCCCAGACCCCUCCCCGCCCUGGGGCUGGCGGGAUUGGGCCGGCAGGGGGCCAGCCCGGAAGCCGGCUUUCUCCAGGCUCCCCCUCUCGCUGCUGCCAAGCCGCCUUGUAGCCAGGCUGGCUGAGCGUUCGUUCUGCGCUCCCUGCAGAGGAGAUGCAACGUCGCUCCUCCUGAGGACAGCCAGGAGGACUCUGGCUUUUGCUGAGCUUUGCAUCUUGCCUUCUUCCUUCCAAAGUCUCCAGACCCAAGCUCGUCCGUCCUCGAGUCCUGUGUGCCCCUGGCCAGGCACGCCGCUGCCCCUCCAGCCCAGCCCAGCCCUGGAGCUCGCCUCCGGGACCCAGAGCCUGCCCUCCUGCCCAGAAUGACUCACCAUUAUUUCUAGCUCAAGUGAGAAGACGUGAUGGGGAGUCAGGCAGCCUGUUUGUGUAUCUAGGAUUCCCGCAGCAUCUGAUCAGCUCUGCAAGGAAGAGAGCUUCAGAUUCCUGCUUUGCCAGCCAAGCGAGGCUGUCUCUCUGGUUCUCAGAGAGCCCUCGGGGCUCUCCUGCAGGAGCGCAGGCCAAUGCUUCUGUGCUUUCUGGGGCCCUAAGCAGCACCCUGAGCUCCCUGCCGCCUGGCAGCUGGAAGGCCUAGCGUGAGGCGCUUCUCUCAGUCCCAAUUAUGACAGUGGCCACCGGAGACCCAGCGGAUGAGGCUGCCGCCCUCCCUGGGCACCCGCAGGACACCUAUGACCCAGAGGCAGACCACGAGUGCUGUGAGAGGGUGGUGAUCAACAUCUCAGGGCUGCGGUUUGAGACCCAGCUAAAGACUUUAGCCCAGUUUCCAGAGACCCUCUUAGGGGACCCAAAGAAGCGGAUGAGGUACUUUGACCCCCUCCGGAAUGAGUACUUUUUCGAUCGGAACCGCCCUAGCUUCGAUGCCAUUUUGUACUACUACCAGUCUGGGGGCCGGCUGAGGCGACCUGUGAACGUGCCCUUAGAUAUAUUCUCUGAAGAAAUUCGGUUUUAUGAGCUGGGAGAAGAAGCGAUGGAGAUGUUUCGGGAAGAUGAAGGCUACAUCAAAGAGGAAGAGCGGCCUCUGCCCGAAAAUGAGUUUCAGAGACAGGUGUGGCUUCUCUUUGAAUACCCAGAGAGCUCAGGGCCUGCCAGGAUUAUAGCUAUUGUCUCUGUCAUGGUGAUCUUGAUCUCAAUCGUCAGCUUCUGCCUGGAGACGUUGCCUAUAUUCCGGGAUGAGAAUGAAGACAUGCACGGUGGUGGAGUGACCUUCCACACUUAUUCCAACAGCACCAUUGGGUACCAGCAGUCGACAUCUUUCACUGACCCCUUCUUCAUUGUAGAGACCCUCUGCAUCAUCUGGUUCUCCUUUGAAUUCUUGGUGAGGUUCUUUGCCUGUCCCAGCAAAGCCGGCUUCUUCACCAACAUCAUGAACAUCAUUGACAUCGUGGCCAUCAUCCCCUACUUCAUCACCCUGGGGACAGAGCUGGCUGAGAAGCCAGAGGAUGCCCAGCAGGGCCAGCAGGCCAUGUCGCUGGCCAUCCUCCGUGUCAUCCGCUUGGUAAGAGUCUUUAGGAUUUUCAAGUUGUCCAGACACUCCAAAGGUCUCCAGAUUCUAGGUCAGACCCUCAAAGCCAGCAUGAGAGAAUUGGGCCUCCUGAUCUUCUUCCUCUUCAUCGGGGUCAUCCUUUUCUCUAGUGCUGUCUAUUUCGCAGAGGCCGAUGAGCGAGAUUCCCAGUUCCCCAGCAUCCCAGAUGCCUUCUGGUGGGCAGUCGUCUCCAUGACAACUGUAGGCUAUGGAGACAUGGUUCCGACUACCAUUGGGGGAAAGAUCGUUGGCUCCCUAUGUGCAAUUGCAGGUGUCUUAACUAUCGCCUUACCGGUCCCCGUCAUAGUGUCCAAUUUCAACUACUUCUACCACCGGGAGACAGAGGGAGAGGAACAGGCCCAGUACUUGCAAGUGACGAGCUGUCCAAAGAUCCCAUCCUCCCCCGACCUAAAGAAAAGUAGAAGUGCCUCUACCAUUAGUAAGUCUGAUUACAUGGAGAUCCAGGAGGGGGUAAACAACAGUAACGAGGACUUUAGAGAGGAAAACUUGAAAACAGCCAACUGCACCUUGGCUAAUACAAACUAUGUGAAUAUUACCAAAAUGUUAACUGAUGUCUGAUUGAAACCUAAUAACAUACCCCCAGCUCAAUGGAACUAAUGCAGAUAUUGCAUAAUAGCCUGCAUUGUAGUCAGUGUGUUCUACAGUGUGUAUCUGGUUCUGCAUGGAAAGCAAUAGUUGUGCAAGUGACUUUUGAUCUUUUGAUUUUUGAUUUAGAACACAGAAUAUCUAUCCAUGGCUUUCAUGCAAAUCUUUGUCACUGGCUUAGGGGUUUCCAAAGAUGGGAGUCACCUAUGGAGCCAGGAUUUCAGAAAGAUGCAUUGAGACCACCUCAUAUCAAAUACAUAACCCACCACAUCCGUGCCACCUUCCCUUCCUCAGUAAAUGCACACAGCAUCUGGGAGAUGCACCCCCUACCCUCCCACCCCCAACCCCAUUUGAGUCCACCUCCCCCUUAACAGAGGAAAACCAUGGUGGCUUAGCUUUAAAGCUCUGGUAAUUAUUCAAAAGGUCAUUCCCAUUUUUUGCAUUGAAAAGAACACACAGUCCUGUGUGUUGGAAUCACUUUCUGUGUCACAGGCUAGGGUUUGUGAAUUGCUGUUGCCAAGUAGAUGCUCCGAAGGCUUCUGUUUCAUAACGGAAAAUGCUGCAUUUGGUUUUUUCUCUGCAGUGUCGAUGUGAGGGAAGCCCGGGGAGGGACAGUUAGUAUGACCAAAUGUGAAUUGUCAAGUUUCACAUUCGCUCCCUUAGGCCUACGGGACGAAGCUCACAAAACAAGGGACCUCUCAGCUUCAGAUCUCACCAUUUUUGCAGACUUCAAGGUCACCAAAACACAUCUUAUUUCUUUGUUACACUGGAGUUUGCAGACAUCUACUUUUCUAUGCUGUGGCCCAGCUACACUGACACUGCAGUGAAAUUUUCCCGUGAUGUGAUAGAGAUGCAUGGGUGUUUGUUGCAUGAAUCUCAAUAUUUAAAACACAGGAGAUAACCUCUUUUCUUAGUAGCCUACACAGUAUUCAUAUUUAGAGUAUUAAUAGCCUAGGAAAGGCAUUGAACUAGGGUUUCUUUUCCCCCAUCGGAAGACAAAAGCCCUCAAUCAGGAGAAAAAAUAGACUAUUUGGAAUGGGGAACCAAAACUUCUGGCCCCCUAGCCCAGCCCUUUCCUGUUCUUCCAAAUGGGGGCACAGACCUCUGCAAAGCCAGGAGAGUGAGCAGGGAAGGCAGCGUCUGAACACCUCACAUGACUGCACCUUAGGAAUUAACCUAGUCAUGGGCAUGACUGUACAGUUGACCAGGGCCUCUGGCCCUGAGGACAGGUGGAUCUGUGGAUCCAGUGUACAUAAUAUAUAUCGAGUAUCUCUUUCACGAGUUCCUCUACCUAGUUAGCUAUAGAAAAAAUUGCAUUUGAACCUUGUAUAAGCUUAUGCAAUAUUUUUAACACAGGGCAAUUUAUGCAUGUGUUUGACUAUGUGCACUAGAGUAUAUGUAUAUAUACAUAUACACACACAUAUGUGUGCGUAUAUGUAUAUAUGCACACACACACACACACACACACACAUAUAUAUAUAUUCAUUCUCUGGAGUUCAGGUCAGGAGCAAAUCCACUCCUUGGUGGGUUGGUUGUCUAAGAGGCCUGAUGGGUUAAUUUAUCUCAUUGGUAACCCCACUGGGCCUGGGUUUGCUACCAUUGCCUCAGACACUCCGGUCUUCAUGGAUUCUUAGACGUUAGAAUUGUCUCUCUGCCCUCCAUGUGCUGCAGCUUCAGUUUCCCACAGCUGAAGCUUGUCUUACUGAGUGCACAAGGGCCCUCUGGCCCUCACAGCUCCAGCUGUCCUGGGUCAGACCCACCCCAGGCCUCCUCUCUACAGUCCAUCGUGUUAAUCAUCUCCAUUCGCAUCUUUCCCCCCAACUUUGGUUUUUAUUGUUAUAUGGCUCUGCACCAGUCACUUUCAUGAACCUUUCCCUAAAGAGCCAGAAUGGAUUGCCUGCUUUGAAACCAAGGAUACCAAGGAGGAAAGCUUCUGGGGACCCAAUUCCACAGGUCUGGACUUAAAGGGAGCCUCCUCUAUGUGGAAACUUCUAAAGUCCAGGAGCAAGGGAUGGAGUCCCUAGGUGAGCCACAGGCGUCAUUUUGAUUGCCAGGCUCAAACUCUCUCCCCGUUAAACUGGCCAUCAGAGCUGCUUAACAAACCAAAGGAUGGGUCUAGAAUCGUUCCCACCCCCAGAACAGGUUGAGAGUGAAUGAGCCCUGCAUAGCCUAAAGGUGGGCUUCAGGCUGGCCUGGGAAUGGCUUAAAUGGGGGAAGCUUUUGCCUCACAGACUGGGCUUCUUUGCCUUUCAACAUAAUGGCUUAAAUUUCCCAAACACAGUGAGUUGUGUGGUCAGGCUGCCCAGUUGUGGCUCCAGCCCUAGCCUCACUGUUGGCUAUUUAGCACCUGCAGUUACCUUGGGGGGUGGGGCACCAGCUCAGGGUGCUAGGCCCAGGGUGCUCAUUAGUUCUUGGUCACCCACAUCCCCAGGUAUCUGCAGGGCUCCCCAUGCCCAGCACAAAGCCUCUGUGCUUCUCCUCCUCUUCUUCAUGGCAGAUGGUGCUGAAUUUCCAAGACAUGGGGUGGGAGGGACACAGACCUUGGGAAAAGAGAUGGUAAAACCACCCAUACCUAAGGCCUGGGUCAGGGGGUAGAUAUUUUAUCCCAGUGUCCUUGACCGGGGACUAUAAAAUCUUCACACACACAGGCACACAUGCCUGCACGCCCAUCACAAAAUAGACAGAUUACACUGUUGCCAUAUGCAAAUACAGAACAUGCAGCACAUAUGCAAAAUACACAGAUACCAAAUUAAUAAAUAGGGCAUACACCGAAGAUAUCUGGUUAUACCUAAAUCCAAAAUAUGCACAUUUAGCACAGACAUCAAAUGUACUUACCAAUACAGAACCUACAGAAAAGGCCUACAUUCACCGUGUACAAAGAUACAACCUGCAAUCAGAUGCAAAAUACAUGAAAACUACAUGAACACAAUGGGUAUGCGUACAAAAAUACACAAAGGAUACUUUCCUAUUGUUUCUUCACACAAAAUACACACAAACUCAGUUUAUAUACACAGUGCAUUCACUCUUAUGAGGCACACAAAAUACAGAACACACACCCAAGAAUAUACACACUUAAUACACACGAAAUGCAUACAUAUACACAGAUCCAUUGCUCUGCCCCAAAGCUAUAAAUUAAUAGGCACAAACAAAAGAUCAGACUUAAUCACCUUUCCCUAGCCUGCGUCUAUACCCCUCAUUAUCCUUCAAGAAGUCUCUUCCUCCAACUCUUUUCUCUCUCACUCAUCCCCAGAUUUCAGAGAAGUAACCCUCAAAGUUUAAAGCAGAAAGAUGGGCCACCAUUGCUGAGCAGGUCUCUGAUUAAGACUAGGAAUCUUAUGGGGUUUCUACCUAUUUACCUUCUUCCCACCAGAAACCCGGGUGCAGAGUGUGCAAAGACCUGGGAUGGCUGGAGGCCUGGUAAUAUACACCUCCUUGCCCUGCCCUUUCCUUCAAAGCAAGUCUGCACAGACAACCUGAUAGCCCAGGCUCCCUGCUCCCAACCCCUGGGAUCUCUGGAUUCAGCCUCAUUCUCUUGACAGCAAUGGUGGCUCAAGAAACUGCAGGGUCCUGGGCCCAGAAUCAGAGUAAAGAUGCCCCAAACAUUCUCUCAGUCCACAGAACUUAUUGCCCCUCCAUCCCCAGUGGCUUUGUCAGGGGUGGGUCAGAAAGUCAAGACCAUAUAUAGAUUUGUCUCUUAAGAUGAGCCACCUUUACUUGCUUGUGGCAUCUCACUUGCUCUUGGGCAUUAGCCCAGUGCGGUCAACUCUUGAGUCCCCUCUAUGGGUGUUCAAUCUUGGCAUACUCUGAUAGGGUACCACCUGGAUGCCCUGCCUCCCAUCCAACUGCGCCUUGAGGAAAUGCACACCAAUUCAGCUCAAGUGAAACGUGAUUAAGGACCUAAACCUAAUGCUACGCAAGCAAACUACAGUUUUUUAGAGGGCCUGGUUUUUAUCCUAUAUUCUAAGGCCAGAUUUAAAUGCUUGGUAAGAUUGCCCACUGUUUGAGAUUAUCCAUGGAGCUGGUUCUUCCCGCUUGUAAGACUAGCUGAGAGCUGGGUGUGUUUUGGCAAAAGCUUCACCUCAAGUGGAAGUUGGGAGUUGAAGUCAGGCAUAAGGUCAGGCAUCAUGGCCUCUACUCCUGCUGCUGUCCCAGAUGUGUCGCACCCUUCCCUCCCAAUGAUGGUCACAGCUCUCGAUCUCCACCAAGGAAGCAACAACAGCAGAGAAUGGACGCGUGGGUCCAAACUUGUGCAUUUAGUACAGCAUACUGGGCCUUUUGAGUGUUUCCAAGUCAAGAUACCAGUUUUCCCUUCAGCUUCAGCAGGUGCCUCCAUGGGCUCAAACUUUCAAGAAACUUGGAGUUUUCAGGCAGCUGAAGAGAAAGAGGUCCAGGAAAGGUAGGGAGGUUGUCACGAUGAGAGGGUAACUACGUUGGUCAAAUUUCAGAGUAAACUUUUCAGGAGCCAAAAUUUAAUUAAGGGCAUAAUUAAGGCUCUGUGCUUCCUGAAACUUAUGUGAUGUUGGACAUACUCUCUUCCUUCCUCUCUGCUUCCUUCUGUCCCUCUCAGCUGGGCUCCUGAGGAUGGGGUAGGCAUGUCACCAGGAGGUCAGCCUUUUAAAAAGGGCCCUAAGGGAGUGUGCCUCCAGACUCCGUUGGCCUACUGUGGAAAGGGCUCCCAUGAAAGUAAGCAUUGUUGGCUAAGGCCCCCAGCCUGGGUGCUCGUGUGGCUGCCCCACGUUGGGAGGGCUGCAGGACUAGCUUGUCCUAGCUGCUCUCUCUGGAUCUCUCACUCCAUUGUAGUGAGGUCUUUGGCCAAAUUACUUCCUUGUGGUCAGCCAUAAAGUGCCAACCCAUGUUGAGAAAGGAGAGUGCCCUCUGAAGGUUCUCAGGCUGGGAGUUCAGCACUGCUCACAGUAGUGGAGAAGAGAAGUGGAGGCUGACUUCCCCCAAAGGAAACUGUAGGACAGUUUGCAAAUUGCACUUGAAGGUGGCAUCAUAACCCCUACGGCAGGCAGGAGGAGCACAGUGCUUUGAAUUGUUUACCCAGGAGUGGGGAUGGUGAGCCCUGCUCCAGCUCUGGCUCCCCUGGGUCAUUGUCCUAACAGCGUCCAUCUGGGUGAUGGCUGCUGGUCUAAGACGACAGGUCCAUGUAGACUGUAAUGUCUAGGGUACUCCUUGGCUACACAGUGGAGGUUCCCUCAGCUUUGGCAAAGUGUCCGUUGCCAGGUUUGAACUCAUGACCUUACCCUCAUUAACAUCGUUAGCCACCUGAGCCAGCUAGCAGUGAGGUGUCUCAAUGGCUAUUGUGACCAUAAUCCGUAGCCUCAGACUUGGGCCUUGUGGAGAUCAGCCCUUUUCCCCCAUCAAAUCGGUAAGUGGAGUGGAGGUGAGGGAUCCCCUGCAAACUGGGAUGGGUCUCUUCCUCAAAUUAAUCUGGUUCACUUUUCCCUUCUAUCUGCUUCCUUUCCCACCAAAGCUCAGCUCCAUUUCUCAUAGUUUGUCUGAAUAUUUUUAAAGAGGAAAAGUGCAAUAAAAUAAAUAGUGACUGUUUUCUUUAGCAAUAGCUACUUCAAAUUCUUGUUCUCAGGACUGAAAAGUGAUAGUACUUGGAUUAUCAGAUAAUGCCCUUGGCUUCUGGGCAUUAGUUCACCCUCUCUGUAGUUCCCCUUUCUUCUCAGUGUUCUCAUGACUCCUGUCCUCUGAGGCUCUGACCCUCUUUUGGAAUGUAAACAUAUGCAGAGGUGCCAUGGAUGCACAAGGAAGGUCCAUGAGAAAGCUUUCUUUGUCAUUCUUCCCCCUUCCCCCAACCCCGUGCAUCUCUCUGUCUCUUUCUGCAUCUCUGUCCCUCUCUCCCUCCCGCCUCCCUCUUUUUGUCUCCUCUCACAGCAUUCUCUUGCAACCUCUAGGCACUGAAAUCUUGAGUUUGAGUGACCUCAUGCCAGCCCAUCUCGUUGACUUUUCGGUCAUUCUGGCAGGGUGUAAUGGAAGCCUGCAGGAAAGCGCUUACCAAUAGAUAAGAAUAAAGCAUCCUGAGCCAUUACAGAAGAUCAUUUCCAUGCACUAAAAGCCAUUACUUGAUCCAUUUGUUUCCCUUCCUCCUCUCCCCAGGGAGAUGGAUGCUGGGGGAAUGUGGCCUGGAGGUUUGCACCUGGGAUCAGUAGCCUGGGCAGAUUUGGGGACUUGCCCUCCAGCUGUCCUUCAAAAUAAGCUGACUUGCUUAACCAAAGGGACUGCAUGAGAGCUAUGGAGGGAAGCAAGUUAUUGUGGGUAGAGGUCUACAGGGAUAGACAGUUGGGUGGUUAGGGCAUGACAUUAAUGACAUAAAGAGCCUACCACCCACUACAGUGUGCAGUUGCACAAAUAUUUGCACACAUAACCAGGGGCUUCAGAAGAGUCCCCUUUCCUGGAAAAAUCUGUGAGAUUAAAUAUUCAGACUGGACAAUCAGGGAAGGCUGGCACCCAGGGUCCCAUUUCAUUCCUUUCCAGUCUACCUUGCUCUGUACACAUGUGUACAGCAAAACCUGUUAACUGACGGGGAAAUCCUCAGGGAAGAGAGCAUCCUGAUUGCUUUACAAUUCUAGUUAUUUGAGUGGGAAUGGGAAAAACAUGUUUUGGUCCAACCUUUGUUAUUGAAAAAAAUUAUUUCUUAAGUAGGUUAGUAUAAACUUUCCUGCCUUUGUAAGUAGAGUGUUUGAAGAUGACAGAAGACCUUGCAAUGCUCAGGGUCAACAUUCUAAACCUCAGUGUUCACUGUACGGAAGUGUAGAUGGGGAAGACCAAAGAGAUAAGCUGAAUGUACACUGCUUGCAAGACAUACCGGGAAGGUGGCCAUUUGGGCACAUCCUGGUGUAUCAGAUAAUGCCCUUGCCUCUUUCUACUGAAAGUAUAGUAAGAAAACAUAAUUCUCAUUAAUCAAGGUUUUGGUUAAUUGGUCCUUAGUUACAGAGGUUUUCCAUAUAUACAUAUAUCUGUGUAUAUAGAUGUAUAGUAUAUGUAUAUAUGUAUACCAUUGUUUCAAAAAUUAUACAAUUAUACAGUGACCGAUCCUUUUAGCUUCACUAAUGUGGAGUAAAUUUGGCAGUCCAGGAAAUAAACUGCAUUUAUUUGAAUUUUUAAAAUGGCCUUCCUUUGCAUUCUUACCACUUCUCCAGUUCUGCUCUUUUUCUGUUGUGGAGGGGCCUCUCGAGAAGGCAGUUCUUUUAUAACAAAAGAUCAGGCGCCAGAUCUUUCCCUUCCCUCCCAGGUGGCUGCCUGACUCAGGGAUAAAAGGAAAGUCUGAUCUAAGGGCAGGUGCUUUCUUCUUUGUUCUGUCUGCCCUGGUUGGCUGUAACCUCAUCACUGAGGACCGGAAAAGUUAUGCCAAACUUUGUAGCUCUGGGGGGGGUGGAAAGCUCCAAGACCUGGCAAAGGACUGAUCUGUUUAGCAUUGUCUUUGUCAUCAGUGGUGCCCUAGCCUUGAAUUCAUGAGAUCUGAAAGUAACAUUUUUAAUGAAGAACUAAAGAACAUCUCUGCCCCAUGGACGGUGAGAUGUGUGACAACCCAUGGAACUAACAAACCCAUCCUGUUGUUCUGAGCAGAUCUAGGUUGCAGAUGUGGGCAGCAGAGCAGCUAUAAUUCAGUUGCCUCUUUGGAGAAACAGCUGGGUCCGAGCUGAACCAUGCUCUCAUUCUCCAUCUUACCUGGCAAUGUGUUAGACCCAUGGGAGAUAGUUUCAGCCUCACCUCCUGCAUGACUGUGUGCACUCUACCUGGAUGGGGGCAGGAGGGAUUCCUCACUGGUAUCUGGGGCAAUUGAGGUGGUACAGGGGUGCCUUCCAUCUCCCAACACUCCUCCCAUCUGGCCAAGCUGGCCGUGGUCAGAUAGUAGAAGCCCAUAACCCAGCCUUAGCAUGACCAGCUGGUGAACUGGGGCCAUUGAGGCAGUCUGUCUGAAUGGCCACUUCUUACACUGCAUGAACCUCAGCGUGGAAAUGGAUGUAACUUUCUGUGCUCCUCUGCACUCCUAAAAUAGUCAGACAUGCUCCAGAUGAGCUUGCAGCUGAGAACUCCCUGAAUCAUUCCACUGACGAUGCACAGGGCAGGUGUGAUUACAUAAUAAUGUGGACAGCUGCUGCAACAUCCAGAUAACUGAGGGCAGUGUAGGUGUGACUGUGGAGUAGGACCUUCGGGAGCUACCCAGAGGACUCAGUCCAGUGUCUCUUUUCGGUCUUUGUGAGAGGCCUGUAAGCCCUGCUUCUCCUUGGAAAUGAUUCCCGAGACACUGACUGCCUUGUUGUUAUGAGCGCAUAAACACUCUGGGCUGCUAGAGAAAGCGAGAGGAGGAGCUGGGAGGAAGAGAAUAUUCAGGGACUCACUUUCCUACCAAACAAUUUCCAGGUCAGCUGCUGUCACGACUACCUUUUUAGCUUGUGAAGUGCAGGGAAGGACAUCGAACUGCCAGGUAGGGCUGGAAAGGGGCAGGCAGCCACAGGCAAGGAAGUGGGAGAGCAAAGCAAGGGAGGUGGCCUGGCUGGCUUUGGCAAGGGUAAGCGUCAGCUCCGGAGGGUCUGAACAUGCUCCGUGCCUGCCCCAGUUCUGCCUUCACGUGGGAGCCAGCGACCCAGUUUCCUUUUGUUGUCGUGCUUGGAUGAUUCCUUCAUUUGAAGGGCCCCAGGAAGCUGGAAAGUCCCAUGAUCAAGCUCCAGCCUGCUGAGCAAACAAUGCCCUGGCCAAAUUGGCCUCUGCCUGGGUUUCUGCAUCCCUGCACCCCUCUCUCCACUAAGGGUAAUCUUGAAACAGUCAGGAUUCAUGGUGCCAGCAAUCAAGGAGGAUUCUCUAGUUUUCAUCAGGGAUGCAGCUGUAAAGACCGCGAGUGCAGGAUGCUGUUUCCUUUUCUAGACCUGUGUGCUUCUGUGCUUAUAUAGACUGUCUCUGGAGAUUUUAUAUAUUACACACAUAUAUAUAUAUAUAUAACGUGGAAAUAGCCACUCCCUUAGGGCCAUGCAGCACAGACUCUAAUUAGGGUGUGCACUGGCUUCCUUGCUGCUCGUGCAUGAUUCCGCAGCUGCCCUCCCGUGUCCUGUCUCUAAUAAUUCCUGAAAACUCAAAGAGGAGAGGCAGAUAAAUAAGCCUCCCUGGGAUCAAUAGCAGAAGGAACUCCAAGGCUGAUGGUAAAGCUUCGUAAGGAUGAUGCCGAAAGGGAACUGGGGUCUCCAUGGUGAUAAGAGGCUGGGGACCAAUGGGAGCCAAAGGCGGAGCAGAACUUGUGGGGAAGACUCAUGGGAGUUGGGAGUCCUUUAACUAUUUGUUUGCUUCAUGAAAAUUUAGACACCAGCUGUAACUGCAUUGCACAGGAUGUAUAGAUAUUAUCAUUCUUGCUGACAUAUUCUGGAAGC